GGCGGCUUUAAGCGGCAGCAGGUCGCUUCAGUCAGUCCAAGACUUUAAGCGCACCAAGUCGCCUGCCGCUCCACUCGAAAAGGCCAAGACUUUCGGAGACCCGCCCAUAAAGUAGUGUUACUGUUACGAUACAUUACCCAACAGUUGGCGGCCAUGAAUCUGCGGUAUAUCUGCACUGUGACUCUCGUACCAACGCUCUGCGUGCUGCUGCUGCUACUGCUGGAGUUCGUGGAGGAGGGCCUGGCCCAGAGUUCCGACCCCCUCUUCGAGCUGCCCGUCCAGCUGGUCGGAUUCCCCGUCAUCGUGCUUUCCGUCCGCCUGUCCCAGUUCGCCAAGAAGUUGGCCUACUCCCUCAGUCCCAGUACAUACAGAUCUCGCAGCAGAAGGGAUACCGCCCAUCCGCUGGCUCUUGAUGCCGAGCUGGCCCAGAAGCAGAUCCUGGGUGAGUUCGGACCCCAAGCCUGCAUCCUGGAGGAGCCGUGCCGUGUCCACGCCUCCCGGUAUUCCGGCAGUGCUGAUGGCCGAUUCCCUGAUGGAAAAGCAAAGCCACAUGCCGCCUGGUCGGAGGUGCUGAGGAACUACAAAGUGCAAUCGGGCGUCAGUGGGAUGAAGCAGUGGUAUCUGCUCUCCCUGUUCAUCGGCGAUGCUGUGCGGGAUGUGCCGCUCUGCAAGCACCUGGCCAAAAGGAUGCCCUGUCCAGGAGUCGGACCUCUGCCGGCGCCCCAGCCACGAUGAAGAUCUGGUCGGUUCCGCCUCCUCAGGGGCUUGCCGUAUCAUGGAGGGAGGAGGAGCAUCCGGAUGGAGUCCCCUUAGUCAGUCGCAUCGGACAUCUUUGUUAAUCAUCCAUCUCUCGGCACUCACAUCCAGCAUCCAUGUGCUGUCCUUGUACACCCCAU